CCCUCUGGUACAAUCAGGGUGGCACUUAUUCUCCUGCAACCGUGCAGGUUAGUCCCUCAAACCCAUGAACACAGGACGAACCGUUGAAAUAAAUUCUAAAUAAGGCAGUUAUGAUGGCAUCAAAAGGCUGGAAGGUUGUCCAGACUCACAUACCCUUAAUUAAAUUCAGAAAGGGUGGAACUGCCAGAGCUACGGGAGGUGCGACGACAGCGCAGUCGGCGGCACCAGGGGCGGCGCCGAGAGCCAGUGCCACCGGUGCCACUGGACCUAAUGUCAUCGCACUGCCUAUCAUUGAUGACUUCCAAUUACCACCGAGAUAUCAGAGGAGACCUAUUGAUGAAAAAGAAAUUGCCUAUAUCAAUCGCGGCGGUCCUGAGUGAUUACACAAUCCGGUAGAUAUGUAUUCUUGAUGAAGGAAGACAUGAAUAUGAGGAGAAAAUUGAUUAGAUUCUUAAUUAACUUAUUACGGAAAUUUGAAGUUUGUGUUUGAUGAGUGAAUAAAUUAUUUUCGUUGCACAAUA